AUGACUGGGUUGGCUUCUAAAUGGGCCACAGAUGAAACUUUGGUCAAUGCGGCUAAGGAACAAGAUAAGGCUGUACCACAUCAUAAAGAGAGCCCUUCAAAUGUACCAAAACCUCUAGAAAGUAAAUGGUCUAAGCCAAUUACUGUGAAAAAGCUGGAAGGAUUGGUUAGUAAAUGGGCAACUGCAGAAGAUCCAGAAGAAGAUAAGGUAAAAUCACAAACUUUUGAAUCACCUAAAAAAGCUUACCCUAAGGGCCCUCGAGGAUAUAAAGGACAUCAGUAUAAUGAUAGUAGAGACGAUCAAUCACAUCGAAAAGAAAGUAAUUAUGAACGACAAGAAAAUGUCGAUGAUAGGCACAAUUAUAAUAAGCAUACCAGACAUCAAAGAAACAAUAGAGAUCAACACCGAAAGAUAUCAGAAGAUGAGCACAAAGAAGAAGAUGAUGAAGAAACAAUUCCAAUGUCUGAUGCAGCUAAGGCAUUUGCUGCCAGAUUGGGCCCAGUAUCAGGUGCAACUUCAUCAAAAAAGUCUUCAGGAAAAUCAUUACCAAAGAUUGAUAAUAAGCACAAUAACAAAAGAAAGGAAGAAGAACAUGAAGAUGAGUGGGAAGAUGCUUCUGAAGAAGACGAUGGUUCUGAGGAGGAAGAGGAAAAGGUUCCCAUGUCUGCUGCUGCCAAAGCAUUUGCAGCAAGAUUAAAUAUUUCAGCUCCAAAACCUUUGGAUAACACAGAAGAAUCGGAUGAUGGCUUUGUGACUACUGACGAAGAGGAUGAACCACCAAAAGCUUCAAAGAAGUCAGCAUCAUCGUUAAAGAGUAAGAAAUCGACAAUUACAAAAUCAACUAAAUCAACUAAAGUAUCCCCUCCAUCGCAUAAUACGACUAAAUCAGGACAGAGUAAGCCAAAUAGAAUAGAAUGGUUAAGACAAAAGCGAGAAAAGGAAGAACAUGACAAGAAAUUACUACUGGAAAAAGCCAAAAAGGACCAAGAUGACAUUAUCGCCUUUUUCCAGAGUCAAGAAUCUAAAUCUAUAGACUGGGCCAGCCUUGAAGAUUAG